AUGAUGGGUCUUGACGAUUGGCUGAUCAUCUUGUCAAUGAUGUGUGGCUACAUCAUGCUUGGCCUCACUAUAGCAGCUGUGCAGGCUGGCAACGGGCGUCACUUCGCUCUGCUCUCCGAUGAACAGAAGUCCGGCGCAAUCUUGUACACCCUCGCAGGCUUCUGUCCCGGGAUACUCUCGUUCGCUAUUCCUAAACUAGCUGUGGUCGCGCUCCUGACGAGAAUCACCAAUCCUAGCAAGAGACACAAGAUAAUCCUGUGGAGUAUAUCUGGUGGUUGCUUGAUAAUCCUAUUCGGCUGUGUUAUUAUCAUCUUCGCGCAGUGCACGCCAACUCGAUCGCAGUGGGACUUUUCCGUCCAAGGCACCUGCUGGAGCCCAUGGAUUCUGAUAUAUUACGCCAUUGUAGCCGGAACAUUUUCCGCCAUAGUGGAUCUCUACCUCGCCAUAUAUCCCGCUAUUGUCCUUUAUAAACUGCAAAUCAACUUCAAGAAAAAGGUUGUCCUUAGCGUUGCGCUUGGGCUAGGUUCCAUUGCCGCAGUUGUAGCUGUGUAUAAAUCGACUCGGCUACCUGCGCUUGCGAGCGCGGAUUUUAGCUACGAUACGGCCGAUAUUACCGUUUGGACGAGUAUCGAGGGUAAUGCUAUCAUCAUCGGCGCAUGCAUACCAACAUUACAGCCACUGUUCGACCAACUCCUUGGCCACGGCCUCUUUAGUAGUUUGGGAGGUGGGCGGGACCGAGGUGGCUACAAAUCGAAUGAUCGAUCUGGGUUGAAGCUCGCAACGAUCGGAAGCAAGACUCUUCGGUCAACAAAGCAACAUGGGAAGUCGGGUGUUUCUGAAGGGACGCUGGGCCACGAUAGCCAGGACAGCAUUCUGGGCCCGAACCAUCGACCCGGCAGUGACGAGAGCCAGAACGUCAAGCAAAGCUCCGGCAUCACGCGAACGCAGCAUCUGGUGGUCGAGUACGAGGAUGCGGGUGAGCCGGCGCGGGCGGCAAAACCAGCCUACGAUCUCGGCGAUACAUAG